GACAGCUAGAGACAUCAAAGUGAAUUUGCGAUUUUUUUUCUGUCUAGGUGUUCGAUUGUUUUUGGAUUUGGUUUUUUUGUUCUUUGCAAGGAUUUGUGGAUUUAAACAAAAAAACACAUCCAAACGUAAUCAAUUUUGUUUAAUUAAACAACAACAGCGAGACACUUGUUGACGAGUGCCGUCGUUUGACUCUCUGAGAAACAAAAGAAUUGUUAAAUAUCCUGAAAACAAGGCGAAACUGAGCAGAGCACCAGCAGCAGCAGAGUAUAUUUUGCAUGAAAGUGUUUGGAAGUGAAGUGGAGAGUGAUUGCGGCCGCAGCAGACAUGUCGAAACCUGGUCAAAAUAUUUUGGUACGUGUGCAAUCUCCGGAAGGCAUUAAACGCAUUGAAAUCUCACCCAAGGCAAAUCUAAAGGAUCUUUUCGAGUCGGUGCAAAAAGCCCUUAAAGUAGAUGGAUUCGGUUUGUUUAAGGAGAGGAAUCUCACCAAGGAGAUCUAUUCACAUACGUCACAAGAGGUGGGAAGUGUGCUGAAACAUGGCGAUAUGAUAUAUUUGAAACAAAUGGCCGGUACUUCUUCAAGGCGUACCAGCACCACAGCAAUUGAUAACUUCACCAGUGCAAAAGCCAUUACCAACUCUGCAACAACAACAAACAGCAGUGAUUUUAAACCCUCAGCCGCUGUCAAAGAGGAUGAGGUUGACAUCUUGCUGGCCAAGGAGGAUGGGCUAAUAAAACGUGAAAGAGAUAGCAAAUUGUGUCGACAUGCCGCCAAUGGCUGCUGUGUUCACUGCUCACCCCUGGAGCCGUACAAUGAAAACUAUCUAAAGGAACAGAAAAUCAAACAUCUCUCCUUCAAUUCGUACAUACGCAAGCAGACAUCGGGCAUUGAUCGUGGCAAGUAUAUGGUCUUCGAGGAUAUCAAUUGUCGCAUUAAACCCGGCUGCCGUGAACAUCCACCAUGGCCCAGGGGUAUCUGUUCGAAAUGCCAGCCAUCGGCUAUAACAUUAAAUCGUCAAAUCUAUCGUCACGUUGACAAUGUGAUGUUUGAGAAUACAACCAUUGUGGAGAGGUUUCUCAACUAUUGGCGCACCACGGGACACCAAAGAAUGGGUUUCCUCUAUGGCACCUACGAGGUUAAUACGGAUGUGCCGUUGGGCAUACGUGCCAAGGUGGCGGCAAUCUAUGAACCGCCGCAGGAGUCGAGUCGGGAUUCCAUUAGGUUGCUGAACGACGAAAAUGCCGAAGAUGUUGAGGAGGUGGCCAAGGCAUUGGGCUUGAAAAAGGUUGGUUGGAUUUUCACCGAUCUCAUUACCGAUGAUCCCGCCGCUGGCACGGUCAAACAUAUACGUGGCAUUGAGACACAUUUCCUAACCGCUCAGGAAUGUAUUAUGGCUGGCGAACUACAAAAUCGCCAUCCAAAUCCAUGCAAAUACGCCUCGAACGGUGUAUUUGGUUCGAAAUUUGUGACAGUUUGUGUGACAGGUGACAACACCAAACAGGUGCACAUGGAGGGCUAUGCUGUAUCGGCUCAAUGUAUGGCAUUGGUGCGUGACAAUUGUCUAUUGCCCACUAAAGAUGCACCCGAAUUAGGUUAUGUACGCGAAUCGACUGAUAAACAAUAUGUUCCCGAUGUUUACUACAAGGAAAAAGAUCAAUAUGGCAAUGAAGUGCAACGUUUGGCCCGUCCACUGCCGGUGGAAUAUCUGCUGGUCGAUGUGCCGGCCUCGACGCCAUUGCAGCCGCAGUUUACGUUCUCAAAAUAUGACAAACGUCAACCAUUCCCCGUGGAAAAUCGUUACUUGGAUGGCCACCUACAAGACUUCAAUGCCCUGAGCGCCUAUCUCUCACAGUGGGAUGAUGAGGACUUUCUCGAGGCCAUAUCUGAUUUUCAUCUUCUCGUUUAUUUGUAUAAAAUGGAUAUGUUGCCCAUGCGCCAGCAUAUGAUGCCGCUGCUGGAGGCGGUGCGCAAUAAGAAUCCCAAUAUGGCCUAUGCCUUUAAAAAGGAAGAGGUGUGGAAAUUAUUGGAAUCGCUGAUACAGGCCAGCUCAAGUGGUAGUGGGGGCACCACAAGUUAUCCUUCCGCAUCCUCAACAAAUCGCACCGGUGCCGGUGGUGGCUCCUCAUCCAAUGCCAUGGAAAGUUCCGGCAUUGAUGGCAACACCUGGACCUGUAACCACUGCACGUUUAUCAAUCGCAGCGAAUUGUCAUCCUGUGAAAUUUGCUCUCUGCCCAGAUAGAUUUCCC